AGUCACAGCCUCGCCAAAGCCCACGCCCUUUCGCCAUAUUCCAGGCUGAAUUUCAGCCAAAAACUGACGUUCACAUAUCCAACGGCGAGCGAGGGGAAAAAAUUGCUUGCGAUACAAGGAGCCUCAAAUUCUGAGGGGCGUUUCAAUACGAAAUUCUCGUUCAAGUCAAUAUUCCGUAAACCAGGAGAGGAAAUUACUGGACCCGGGCCAUUAGCGUUAACAGGUUACCCUCCAAGCUGCUAGCUGGCUAACUUGUCUCUUUUGUCGUUGCAACUGAUAGCAGCUAGUUUGCUAACUAAAUAGAUUUAUUUUAGAAUUGCCAGGCUCUUUUUGAUGAGUGGCUAGCUAGUUCGCCAUCUAGUGUACCGGUUUAUUUGGAUCUAAUCCGGGAUAUCGCUUUUCGGCUUGUAUGAAAGCGUUAUUUCGUUUACCGAUUUGCUAGUUUAGCGUUUGGUUAUUUAUCCUAGCUAUUCCAGCUUGCUUGGAAACAGUGGAUCCAAACCCCACCGGUCACUGUGGUCUCCGCCUCGAUCUGGGUCGACAUGCUGUGACGAGAAACGCUAGCUUACAGGGCAAAAUUGGUGACGGGUGUCACUAACGUUACACCGCAUCAUCAUCAUUUGAUUGGUCCAGCUCUCUAAAGGCAACUGUUCACCUCUUACCUCCCUCGUUCUCCCUCCUGCCCUCUGUCUCUUUCUUUCUGUCUGUGGUUCCUCCCCUGCCUCCCUGUUUGGAAAGUGAUGGCAGCCAACAAGCCAAAGGGGCAGAACUCCCUAGCCUUGCACAAGGUGAUAAUGGUGGGCAGUGGUGGAGUGGGGAAAUCUGCUCUCACGCUGCAAUUUAUGUAUGAUGAGUUUGUAGAGGACUAUGAACCCACAAAAGCAGAUAGCUACAGGAAGAAAGUGGUUCUGGAUGGCGAGGAGGUCCAAAUAGACAUUCUGGACACAGCCGGACAGGAGGACUAUGCGGCUAUCAGAGAUAAUUACUUCCGCAGUGGAGAGGGAUUCCUCUGUGUGUUCUCCAUUACAGAGCUGGAGUCUUUUGCCGCCACUGCAGACUUCAGGGAGCAGAUCCUCCGAGUGAAGGAGGAUGAGAACGUGCCCUUCCUCCUGGUGGGGAACAAGUCCGACCUGGAGGACCGGAGGCAGGUGUCAACUGAUGAGGCCAAGGUGCGAGCUGACCAGUGGGGUGUAAGCUACGUGGAGACCUCUGCCAAGACUCGCGCCAAUGUGGACAAGGUGUUUUUCGACUUGAUGCGUGAAAUAAGAGCAAGAAAGAUGGAGGACAGCAAAGAAAAGAAUGGCAAAAAGAAGAGGAAGAGCUUGGCAAAGAGAAUUCGAGAGCGAUGCUGCAUUCUAUAAUGACUGGGUGACCUGUGCUUGUAAUGCCAACUUCCCACCACCAGACUCCGCUUUCCCCUGCUCCCCCACAGCCCGUCUGAUUUUCUCACCACCCUUUGACCUGCCAAGGACACCUGUGACAACCCCUCCUUUAGGCUGUGGGUGUUGGGAGAACAAGUUUCAAGGUUUCAUGGCAAUUGAUUUUGUCCACAAGAUAUGGGUGGGUUGUGUGAAUCAAAACAAACUGAAUCUUGAGAGAGAGAGAAAAAAUGUGAAGCAUCAUGGAGAGGAAUCAGUGAGAGGCAUAUUAAUCGUUGAAUAUUUUUAACUUACUUUGUGGCUCGGCACAGUCAUGACAAUUUUAUUUUACUUAAGGACUACACUAUAUAUUGUUUUUAUUUGUUUGUUUUUUAACAUAUAACUUAUUAUAUAUUGGCUCCGUAGUUAAAGCAGGUUCAAAUGAAACACUUCAUACUCACUCUAACUCCGUAAAUCCUUUCCAUGCUCAUGUCACUAGGAGUUGAGGAUUUUGGGUAAAAUAACCAUCUUGCUGCAUUUGCACGGAUUGGGUCUGUAAAUUGCUAACCCAGUUCCAGAAUAUCAUUUUGUUAUUCAAUUGCUGCAUUAACUGUACAGUACGCAAGAUGAUCUACUGCCUCAAUGCACACUCCAAAUAUAAUUAAGCUUUCCCCACCCCAGAUGUAGGUGUCUUCACACGGAUGUCAUAUGCAACACCUUAUGUAUGUCUUUUCCUGUUUGUUUGGAAGGAGGUUUGACGGCUGCCGUUUGCUUUCAGGUCAUAUUUUCAUUGUACUUUGGACAUGCUGCCUUAAUUUCAGAGUACAUCAGAACAUGGCCCUGACUGACUGAGCCACCCCCGGGUUCCCUCUCCAUGAGUGGGUGACAGGCGUCCACCGAAAGCACACUCCUGUAUUUAAGGUUAAAAAAAGAACAAGUUGAACUUGAAGUCGUCAGGCAUUUCACAACCUUAGAAUGUCAAUGUGAUAUUUUAUUGUUUUACUUUAAACAUUCUCGCAGAUCAUUUCAUUUGUUUCACUGACACAAUGGGUAUUCUGAGGAACGAUAUGUACUGUAGUAGCUAAAUUGUAACAGGACACUGGUUCUUAAGAAACCAAUCUAAAGCCAGGUAGUGAUGGAACACUAUAAAUGUUGCUCACCCAUCUUGCAAACUUGCCACAGCCAGUUAUUUCAAUGAAGAAAUGCCAUGACCAGUUCCAGUGUAGAUUUAAAGGAGCUACUCCUUUUCAAUAUGUACACCUGGAUUAGUCUUUGGGAUGGGCCCUCAUCAAUAACAUUUUUAUUAAUGUAUUUAUGAGAAUUAAACUGGGCAGUCAUUUGUAUAAAAUUACACAAUUUAAAGCCUCACGUCAUUGUUGAAGAAUAAGCAAUGUCAAUGUCCAGAUGUAGCCUGUUUAUGUGUGAUAAGUAUCAGACAUCUGUAUACGUACACAUAACUGCUGAAUUUACAGGACCUGAUGCAAGUGAAGUACUCAUGCUUCUUGUAUUAGUUUGUUUUGGAAAAGGAUCACUACAGAGAUAUGAACCACAAAUAGUAGGGAUAUGCUGGUAAAAUAUUUUAUACCGGUGCAUUGCCAUUGUUUACUUUUUUAACCUUCUCCACCUCUUUAUAAAAUGUGUUAAUGCUUUAGCCUUGGUAUUUUGGUUUACCCAAACUGUCUUGGUAACCAGACGUCCUUAAUUAAAACGCUGUUGUGAUUGAUUCAUCAGAGCAAGUCAGGUGCCAUGAAGCUGCAAUCGACUACAUAGCUGAAGCUCCUGGUGCCCACAUUCUAAUUGCUGUGCUUUGAGCAAACUGACGUAAAGAGAAAUAUUAAAAAGGACUUAAGUUGUAAUAAAAAAGAAACAAGUCUUUGAA